GUAGAUCACGCCGUACGUCGUAAACAUACAAAAUCAUCAGUAUCACCAUCCUAUCACUAUCACUAUCAGUAUCAGUAUCAGUAUCAUGCUACAUAGCGAAUUAUAUUUAAACAGUGCAAGAAGAUACAAUGUCUGAUAGUAUUUCGACAGCCACCGGGCCGGAUGAAGAUGCAGGUGUUUCUGCAAAAUCCUCGGAAUCGGAAGUCGUGGCGAAAAAACCGCAGAAGAAGUAUUACCGUCAGAGGGCGCAUUCCAACCCUCUCGCCGACCACACGUUCGACUAUCCCGUGUGUCCAGCUGCGAUGGACUGGUCUCAGUAUUAUCCUCAGCUAAUCUCACCGGAUAAACCAACUCCACACCCAAAGGUAGAGAUUGCUGAUAUUGGAUGUGGAUACGGAGGCCUGCUUGUGUCUCUCUCACCAAUGUUUCCCGAUCAGCUCAUGCUGGGACUGGAGAUCAGAGUGAAGGUAUCAGACUACGUGAAGGACCGCAUCAAAGCGCUUCGUUCGGAACACCUCGGGGAGUUCGCGAACAUCGCCUGCAUCCGCGCGAACGCGAUGAAGUACCUCUGUAACUUCUUCUCGAAGGGUCAGCUCAGCCGCAUGUUCUUCCUGUUUCCCGACCCACACUUCAAGAAGACGAAACACAAGUGGCGCAUCAUCAGUGCGACGCUGCUCGCGGAGUAUGCGUACGUGCUGCGCCCUGGUGGUGCCGUCUAUACCAUCACUGACGUACUCGACCUUUACGAGUGGAUGGUGAGACACUUCGAGGAGCAUCCUCUCUUUGAGAGAGUGAGGGAGGAGGAGCUGGAGAGCGACCCCGUCGUCCCGCUGCUGCACCGCGCGACCGAGGAAGGCCAGAAAGUCGCGCGCAACAACGGAGAGCGCCACCUGGCGGUGUUCCGACGAGUCGCUGAUCCGCACGACCGCGCGGCAAGCUGACGCGAUCGUCUUAAUGAGCCACCGCUAACGAGACGUUCAUCGACACUAAGACACAUGCUGCUAGCUGUGUCACACUGGACCGUAGCUUACACACGUCGUCACUGCUGCUAGCUGUGUCACCGCAGUUUACCCGCCUCUUCCACACGCGCUACGCCGUUGACUUUUGCAGGCACUCGCUUGCGAAGCGACGCCUUUGGAACGUCCUGUCGCAGCGACGAUCAGCUAGAGUUUCCCGGUCGCUCCGGGCGGAGGGGGUCGAUUCCGUCCUUCACUCCAAGCCCUCGCGGUGUCGUCGCGCGCAUACGCGACGUAUGAGUGAGACGUACGGAGCGAUCCCGAGUAGUUAGGGGACUUAGGUCGCUGCCAUGUUUCGCCGAGCGGCUGGUCGCUGAUGUCACGUUAGGGACUCGACGUGGAGUGGUCGAGGAUUGCGUACAGUGCGUUCGCAACCUCGGAGCGAAGUCGUAUUCACGAAUACGAGACGGUUACUCGCUCGCUGACGUACGUGGAGACUCGUGCGAUGCUGGGCGGUCGUAUCCGACGCCUAUAUACGCGAACGUCGUUGAUCUGUCGUGGAAGAAAAACCUGUUCACAUCCGAGGCUUACUGUUAAUAGUAUUGAUGGAUAGUAAUGUGGGUAAAAUAAAUGCACUUUUUAACAUA